AUGACGUUUGUUAAAUCCACCCCAGCUUACACAGACGUCUAUGAGUCGCCCGACGACUCGUGUUCGGAUACGGCGGCGCUGGAUCUUGGCGGAAACGCCGUGCCUCCGUCGUCCUCCACCAACGGCACCGGCACCACCACCGGCACCGCAAACGGAGCCACAAACUGCCCCCAAUACUACGACAACAUUGCCCGAAUCGUGUGUCUGUUCUGGUUCAACGACAUUUCGCUGCUGGAGGGCUGUCUGACUCAGCAAAAGGGCUCCCCCGGCAUCGCUAUGCUGAGUCAGCUUUCCAACCCCACCGACUCCUUCCGGCAGUUUGUGUCGUCCGUCAUCGAAUACACACAGUUGUUGCCCGUGGCUGUUUCCGUGUCACUUCUCUACAUUUUGCGCCUCAAACAGCUGUCGCCAAAAGCCAUCGUCGGCAACCCUAACUCGGAAUACCGCGUCUUCACCGUCGGCCUCAUGAUGGCCAACAAAUUUCUUGACGAUAAUACUUACACCAACAAAACAUGGGCCCAGGUCACCAAACUGCCCCUCACCGAAGUGUCAACGAUGGAAAUCGAAUUCCUAAGCAACCUCGGAUACAACCUCCGCAUCGCGCCGACCGAGUGGAACUCGUGGUCACGUGACCUCAAACGCUGGCUCGGCGUGCACCGGCAGUUUUGCGACGCCCAGACCAAGCAGCGCAAGCAGUACUCGCCGCCCCCCAGCUUUUACUCCAAAUUCAAAUGGUCAGGAGGAACCAAAUCCAGCCAGGAUAGCUAUGUGGACGACGUUGACACCCCUAGCCCUAGUUCUAUCACCUCCCUAACCCCGACGUAUCCCUCUGUGUCGCCUCAGACUCCGCCCAUGGAGCGAAAGCGCCAGCUGGACGAGGUUUCCGAAGGCCCACGAAAACGGUUCCAAAACGACUCGGGUCACGUGGCAUAUUCUGGCCCCAACCCGCAGUCUUACUCCCAGCAAUUCCCGCCAAUCCAACCCCAGCCGGGAUUCCCCAUGUCGGUGCCCCAAUUGCCAUUGCCCCAGCAGCAUGCCCUGCCCCAGCAGCCCUUGCCCCUGCCCCAGCCCUUACCCCAGGUCCAGCCCUUACCCCAGGUCCAGCCCUUGCCACAGGUCCAGCCCUUGCCACAGGUCCAGCUGCCCUUACCCCAGACCUACCCCCAUUCCACGGGCCACUCGCCCGUCGGCCACUCGCCUGUCGGCAACCCCUAUAAUCACCUGCUGAGUCAGCCUCAAAUGACUCAGCAGAUGACUCAGCAUCUGCCGCCGCAGCCGCAGCAACCGCUCGUAAACAUCCCCUGCAUGGCCCCAGCCCACAACAACACCCAUCACGUGAGUCCGGCGCAUCACGUGAGUCCAACUCAUCACGUCUCGCCCUCCCACCACGUGUCUCCUUCCCAUCACGUGUCUCCCAGCCACGUGCAGCAUGGAACCGUACCCGGCUCCGUCCCCACCAUGCCCAAUGGACUGCCCUUGUCGGUGUCUCCCUCGGAUAUGUCGCCCGGACCUAACGGAGUUAACGGACAUAAUCCCGCAAACUCCGGAAAUGCCCUUUUCCACCCCACCGCAAUCCCCCCGCCCAUGCCGUACCUCCCGCUCGCGCCCAAGUCGCUCACAGCCGACAAGUUCCUGCCGCACCCGCCGCCCAACCAGCAGCCUCUCUACUAUGUGCUGUCCAAGUCGCGUGAUAAGCAGCCGCUGGAGGGACACAUCCAGCAGCAGCAGUACUACGCCGGCGCCGGCGGCUACCAGCAGAGUCACGUGAUUCCGUUUGGCGGCAGUUCGCCUAUUGGUCCAGGCUCCGGCCAGCGGUGGUUUUGUCCUACCGAGCCGAGUUCGCCGUAUGACAAUGGGGCUACGUAUCAUUAUGCGAGUCCGGGCAAGAUGCGGUGGAGAUAG